GAUAAAAUCAUGGCGACCUCGAAAGCGGGAAUUACUUCAUUAAUCGUUGUAGCAGUAAUUUCAUUUUUUCCUUUGCAUUCAGCCAAGGCUCCAGUAAUACCUCCAGUUAAGAAUAUUACAAGUGACAACUGGCACCACAUUCUAGAAGGAGAAUGGAUGGUUAAAUUUUUUGCCCCAUGGUGUCCUGCCUGUCAACAAGUGGGUCCUGUGUGGUCCAAAUUAGCUUUGAAAGCUGAUGAACUUGGGAUAAAUGUUGGAGAAGUGGAUACAACUAAAGAACCUGCACUUAGUGGAAGAUUCAUGGUUUUAUCAUUACCAACUAUUUACCAUAUAAAGAAUGGUGAGUUUCGGCAGUUCAAAGGAUCAAGGUCAUUAAAGGGACUGAUGGUUUUUGUAAAGGAUCAGAAAUGGAGGGACAUUGAACCUUUACCUUGGUGGAAAUCUCCAGGUUCAUAUCUGAUGGGAUUUCUUGGACUGAUGUUUAAGUUGUCUGUGCUACUGAAGAACAUGCAUGAACUUCUGACAUUGACAUAUGGUGUGCCAGUGUGGGGCUCAUACACUAUAUUUGGUGUGGUGGUUGUGGCCACAGGAAUUCUUCUUGGAAUGGGUAUAGUAUUUUUGUCAGAUUGUAUUUUGGGGGUUCCCUCUUAUCCAGUCCCUGUACAACAAAUGAGGAAAGUGAUCAAAGAAGAACCUGAGGAAGACAAUGGUGAGGAUGAAAGGGAUGGAGAGGAAAUAAUGGAGGAAAAUGAAGGAAAUGGAACAGACCAAACUGGAGUGAGGAAGAGAGUAACUGCCUCAACUGAUUAAGCAAUAGUGUAUACUGGCUUCAGUUUACCUAAUAGUGUGUAACAUGCACACUUUGUUUAUUUGUAGUCAGGUUCCAUAUCAGAAAAUUUUCCCUUUUCAUACAUGGGAAAAUCUGAAUAAGAAUUUCAAAGAGGUGAUUCUCUAGGCAGAGUAACUUUGCUAGCAUGACAAAUACAUUGUAGAGUCAGUCAGUGAAAAUCAAACCAAGUUGUACUGUUUGUUGAUAUACUAUGUGAGAGCAAGGGAGGGUGGGUUGACGCCAAACUGAUAUUCAACUGUUUUCUGGAUUGUGAGCCUAAAUAGCGAUCACCUAUAUUGCUUAAAAAAUGGGAGUUACAGAAACACAUGUUUGCAAUGGCAACUGCUGUUGUAAACCUGAGUGUAUAGAAACAUGAUAAAACCAUGAAGAUGGCUGCAUCCACAAUUACUGAUAACUAUGAACCAUUUUUUUGAAAAUGUGUAAUGGAUAUUUGUGUUGUAUUAAAAGAAUGUCACAUCACACUUCAUUUUAUUACUAAAUUUGGAAAGAAAUAUCAUGGGUAACUAUUCCUUUGUGAAGAUGGUCCAGAAAAUGAUCCAAGAAAUCAAAUUGUCUGAAAUUUCUGUUUUAGCAAACUCACUUUUUUAUUCAAAGGCACAUUUCCUAUUUCCUUAGAGUUCAGUCAUAGUUAUUUUUGUAUGUAGUUGAGGAAAUGCAAAUAGUUAGUUUGUAAUUAUUGCUAGAUCAAAGUAUUUCAAUCAGGAUAAACAAUAACUUAUGCUACAAGCAUACUUUUUCUGUUAUUAAACAUAUGAGUGCUGGGUAUAUUAUAAUGUAAGGGAAAAUGCACUGAAUAAAAAUUGCAAUUUUUGCAACUGAG